AUGGCCCCUCUAUCUAUUGAUCCGCCCCUUCUCAAUUCUGCAAACCCCUGGUGUACAACUCUCGAUCAGCUUCAAGAGCUCUACAACUGUCCUCACACAGGCGCUAUCACCACUCGCACCUCGCUGAUCGAAGGUUUCCCUCACGACUCUAGACAUCAUCAAUUCGCGUUCUUUAAUCCCUCGACCCAUGUAUCCAGCAUUCCCAACAAGGACCUUGGUGGCGACGCAAGCACGACAGGGAGUUUAAACACGCUAGGAUACUCACCUAUCCCACUCUCCGAAUACCUGGGUUUUGUGAAAGCAAUCAGCAAAGGUCUCGGUGAUGAACCACCCAGCGGGAGAAAGACGUUCAAGCCCAUCGUCAUCUCCGUAACGGGUUCUGCAGAAGAAGUGACUAAAUGUUACCACUUGAUCCACGAACUUGGCAAGUCCGUGAAAAUGCGCCUUGCCAUGGAAAUCAACCUCUCCUGUCCCAACAUCCCCGGGAAAACGCCGCCAGCGUACGAUUUCACUGCGUUGCGGACGUAUCUAGAGGCGCUCAAGGUCGAGAUCGAUGUCGCCUUAGUCAAGGCAGGCGGAAUAGAUGAAAAUGAACGAGUGGCAGUGGGCAUCAAGAUACCGCCGUAUACGUAUCAGGAGCAAUUUGAGGGGCUACUCGGUGUAUUGAAAGAAAGUGUGAGCAUGAAGCCAGUAUACCUGAGCUGUCCAGUGGACUUCAUAACGGCCGUGAAUACGCUGGGUUCGAGUUUACUCAUGGUACCAGAUACUGAGGUGGAUAAGGGCGUCAGGCCUACAUUGAAGUCAGCAAAUGGAUCUGGUGUAGGUGGUCUAGCAGGCGCGCCCUUGCAUCCACUUGCACUGGGGAACGUGUAUACGAUCAGGAACAUGCUGGAAAAACACGAGGAUUUAAAGGCGAUCACGAUUGUUGGAACGGGUGGAGUGGAGGACAAGGCCGGAUUUGAGAGGAUGCGGAGUGUUGGAUCAGGAGCUGUGGGGGUGGGAACAGCGUUGGGAAGAAAGGGUGUGGAUAUCUUCGGGGAGAUAGCUUCUGACUAA